AGUGCCUUUGUCAUUUCAUUGUCUCACCCUGGAAAGCCCUACACGGGCUCAUUGGCCACCAGAAGAUCGAGAUAAUGCUUUGAUCAGACUAGAUGCUGUGCCGUACUCUUUUUUAAACAGACUUGGCUGUACUUUUAUUCAGCCCUUUUCGUCUCCUUUUGGGUUUUUUUGUUGUUUUUUAAAGUCCUUUGUUGAAAGCUGGGCAGUAUAUUUUGGCACACUGUGAUAACGUUUUAUCACACGGUGCUUUUGUGGAUUUUUGUUUCUUUUUUUUUUUUUCUUUUAAACAACAACUUCAGUUUCUUUCGUGUGGAGGAUCAUCAACGGUCAGAAUCUUGAGUCCGGUUAUAAAAACCUCCCAUAAAGCAAACAUGGAUGAAGUGACUCCACUGCUGCCAAGACAAUCAACAUCCCAGAUUAAAAACUCUGGACUGUACCUGGCCACAUUUGCAGCGGUCCUGGGGAACUUCAACUCUGGUUACUCCCUUGUCUACCCAUCUCCCGUGCUGCCAUAUUUCCAGAGUCCCGACACCGACCCUCGGCUCAGGAUGAACACCGAGCAGGCCGCCUGGUUCGGAUCUAUCUACUCCCUAGGUGCUGCAGCCGGGGGGCUAGGGGCCAUACUGCUCAAUGACAUGAUUGGACGAAAGCUGAGUAUUAUGAUGUCGGCGUUGCCCACAACUCUCGGGUACAUGCUGAUGGGAGGAGCUAUAAACUUGUCCAUGCUCCAGGUCGGCCGUUUCCUAACUGGCGUUGCCGCAGGGAUGACUGCAGCAUCCAUUCCUGUUUACAUCUCAGAGAUCUCCCACCAAAAAGUGAGAGGAGCUCUUGGCUCCUGCCCUCAGAUCACAGCUGUAAUUGGGGCCCUGGCGCUCUACGCUCUUGGUCUGGUGGUGCCAUGGAGGUGGCUGGCUGUGGCAGGCGAGGUGCCAGCUGUGUUGAUGGUUGUGCUGCUGGCGUUCAUGCCCUCCUCCCCCAGAAGGCUCCUCUCAAUGGGCCGGCAGCAGCAUGCUGAGAGGGUGCUCCGCUGGCUCAGGGGAAAUCAGUAUGACGUCCAGACUGAGCUCCUUGCCAUACAGCACAGCAUCGACACACAGCCCAAAAUCACAUGGUCUCAGCUGGGAACACCAACCUACUACAAGCCAAUCCUGAUCUCAGUGGGGAUGCGUUUCCUGCAGCAGAUGACAGGCAUCACACCAAUCCUGGUUUACCUGGAGCCCAUCUUUAAAAAGAGCAAUGUCCCCCUGCCACCCAGGUAUGAUGCUGCCAUCGUGGGUUUGGUGCGCCUCGGCUCUAUUGCCGUGGCAGCUUUUCUGAUGGACAAAGCAGGACGCAAGGCUCUGCUGUACACAUCGAGCAUGCUGAUGUUUUUGUCCUCUCUGACUCUCACCAUGGUUUCUCACACCACACCUUGCCCUCCUGGCCCUGCUCCUCCAAACCACACCGCUCCGGACUACACCUCCCACAAUGACUUUGGAAGCACUUUUAUGAGCAAUGCCCAAACUGCAGGGAGCGUCUUGCCGAUCAUUUGUACCGUGGUGUUUAUAUUUGGAUACGCCAUGGGAUGGGGCCCAAUCACAUGGCUGCUAAUGUCAGAGGUGCUUCCACUGGCUGCCAGGGGUAAAGCUUCUGGUGUGUGUGUCACCAUCAGCUGGCUGACGGCCUUCGGGCUCACGCACGGCUUCACACACUUAGUGGACACGUACGGCCUGUAUGCGCCCUACCUGCUUUUCACGGUGGUGUGCGUCGUCUCUCUGCUCUUCAAUGCUGUGUGCAUCCCAGAGACUCGCAAGCGCUCGCUGGAGGAAAUAGAGAACUACUUCAGGACGGGACGCACGUUCACCAUCAACCAGUCCAGUUGAGGCCUGCAUCAGUCUCAUUCACAUGAUGUACUUAUAUAUGGGGU